UUUGAUAAGUAUUAUUUUAUAUCUUGGGUUCCGAUAAUAACGAAUACGGUCCUGGAGCUUCUUCCCCCUCUCAAUUUUUCGUACGAACGAAACGUUCGCCAUAUCGUCGAACGUACUGUCUAGUAAUGUCGAUAACAUUAAGCGAAAAUAGUAUUUAAAUAGCGUUUUAUAAAAGUUAAUUUCCGAAUAUUGUGUGUUAUCGAUAUUAAUGAAAUUCGAAUUAAUGGGAUAUCUACAAAAAGAAACGGUUAAAGUUGUAGCAGAUAAUAUUUCCUGUAUCAAGAAGAAGAAGAAGAAGAACUGAAGAUAAUGGAAAUUGGUGCAGGAAAAUCUGCUUUGACUUGCCAGAGUCAGGUAGUGAAUUGUGUAAAUAGUAAUGAACAUGUGGGAGAAGUUGAAGCGAAGAAGGAGGUAAAGCAAAAAGUACAUUCGAGUACUUCGAAGUCAAAGAAACAUAUGACUAAAAUGAAAACAAAAACGGAUUCUAAUUAUGAUCCAACUAAAUUAGAGGACAGUCCUAGUCAAGUGUUGGAACGGUUUAAGCAUGGUUGUGAAUGUCAAGACGAUCAAUGUUUUAAAGGACUAAAUCCUGAAACAGUGUAUAAACAUAGAUUAAAUAUCGCUGAGUUAACAAAAGCCGAACAUGAUAUGUACUUAAUGGGUGUAAUUAUGGCUUGUUUAACAAAUCCUUACGAAACUGCAAGACAUACUGAAAGGCGUAGAUUAAGAGCUCAUUAUGUAUACCAAGGUAGAAGAGUAUGCUUAGAUGCUUUUUUAUAUUUAGAAAAUUGUACACAUUAUCAAAUAAAAAGGAUUAGAAAGCAUUUAAUAACUCAUGGUGUUACUCCAAGAGUACAUGGCAAUCAUGGAAAAGUUCCACACAAUACAUUUUCUUUGGAUAUUUAUAAGAUAGCUACGAAAUUUUUAAAACAUUUUAUUGAAUCUCAGGAAACCAAACAAAAGACUAAACUUUCUAAGAAUGCUCCAUUACAUCUUCCACCAGAUAUCACUCGAAAAACUGUUCAUGAUUUGUAUACCAAGUAUUGUACCAAAGUUUCACCAGAUAUUAAAAUUAUGGGAUAUUCUACGUUUAGAAGAUUUAUGAAAGUUCAAUUUCCGCAAGUUAAAUUUGCUAAAUUGGAAUUCAUAGCUAGGUCACAACCUAUGCAGAAUCAUAGUGGUAUUACAGUUGAAACGGAUAAAAAAAAUGUACCUGAGAAACAUUCUGAAUCAGCAGAAAUAGUUACCGAAGAUGGUACAAUAUUGCCUGUAGUCAUUUCAAGCGAAGCAGUAGGACAAAAUAGUAGCACUUACUUUUUAACACCGGUUAGUAAAACUAAAGAUGAUAUUAGUUAUCAAAUAACAACCGAUGGUUUAUUAGUUGACAGGACAACAUUACCUAUUGCAGUAACUAAAGUAAAUGUUGUUUAAAAGUAUUACAAUUAUUGCAAAUCGUUUUUUUUUUUUAAUAUAUAUAAUGAUAAUGUACCUGUACAAAAGAAAUGUUAUCCUUAUGUAUUAAAAUAUGUAAAUAACUUGAUAUAUCUAUUGCACAUAAAUUAUUUUUAAUUAGUAAAAAAGAAAUUGUGUAGGUGGUAUUAAUCGUUGGAAAACAAUUGUAUAAAUUGGUGAGUUUUUAUUUUAUAAAUUACAAUUAUAAAUAUAA